AAAUGACAUUCUACUUUUUAUUAGAAUAAACAAGAGAUUUCCACAUUUUAUCUUGAAUACUUAGGCGGUUAAAAAUUGAAGCAUCAAAUCAAAAUUUUUAAUGCUUUUAAAUUAACGAAGAAACUUAGAAUGUGCAACUCUCUUCUUGUAACACGUUUAACUGAACUUAAUCAACAACUUGCAACAAUUGCUAAAUUACAAAAAAUGGAAGAUGAAUAUGACAAAAAUCCAAUCCUAUGUUGUAAGAUUUGUGAUUGUCAACAUCAUAUACUAUCCACUGGAGAAAAUAAGAAAAAAAUACCAUGUAAUAUCAACACUUGCAAAACACGAAAAAGAUGUACUUGCAAUAAGACAAGAAAAUGUAAAUUUUUUAUUAAUAUAGAUAUUAUAAAUAACUAUUUACUUUUAUUUAUUACAUCACUUGUCCUUGAUACAAGAUUAGAAAAUGUACAGGAUUUAGAAAAAAUACAUUCUAUAAGAAAGCAAAUUACACAAGAAAAUAUGAACAAUGAUAUAUCUGCAAAACGAGAUACGAAUCAUUCUGAAAAACAUGAAUCAGUCUCAAGAAACAUUGAUAAUCAGAAUACAGAAAAUGAAAAUGAAAUUAUGCGUAAGGCAAAUGACACAGUGUUGAUUUAUCAGGAUUUAUCUAACGAAAAAAAACAGAAGAAAGAUUUGGAGGAGAAAUUGCAAAACGCGAAGCAACAUUCAACAAAGUUGAAAGAAAAUGGAGAACAACCAAUAUCUUACCUAAAAGAUGCUCUACAAAAAGCUGAGGAGCAACUUGCGCAAGCAAAAAAAGAAACUAUUACAGUUACAGCAGAUAGAGACAAAUUAUUAAAAACUAUAUCAACACUGAAAGAGGAAAUGGAGAAUGCAGUUUGCAAAAAUGUGUCUUUACAUCGCGAAUGCCAGGAUUUAAAAUGUAAAUUGCAGAUAGCAUCUGAAUGUGAAACAAAAACUUGCACAGUUGUUCAAGACGAAGUUAACCUUAUAAAAUCUAUAGUUAAACAAAAAGAAGAGAUUUUACAGGCGGAAAUAAUUGAAUUAAAAGGAUUGAUUGCAGAACUUACAAAUGUUACAAAAAUACAGGAGAGAAGAAUAUGUGAAUUAAGUAUUAUUUGUAAAAAACAGCAAUGCAGUUUACGUGAUAAAAGUAAAACAAUUAUUGAAAAGGAAUCUAAAAUAUUCGAAAUGCAAUCACUACUGAAGUCGUAUAGUUGCAAAUGUACAGGAAUGCAAAAUGAUAUUCAAAAAUUAGAAUCUAGUUUAAAUAAAGAAUCAAAUACAUGUAAUAGUUUAAAAGAGGAGUUAGAACGUUGUAAGGAUGAUUAUAAUUGUAUGUUGAACAUUAAAACAAAAAUUAUAGAAGAACAAGACGAAACGAUAAAAAAGCAGAAACGGUUAUUGAAAGAUAGUGAAAAUAUGGCUGAACAAGCUGCUUCUGAAUUUGAGGAAAUUAGAAACGAACUUGUUCAUGAAAAAGAAACAUGUGAAUCUUUAAGAAUUGCAUUGAUUACUGCAGAAGUUCAAUUAAAUCAAGAAUAUAAUGUGGAAUGCAAGAACUGUCAAAACUUAAUGGAAGAAAUAAAUUUGUUAGAUCAACAAAAACAAAAAUCAUUAAUUGCAGCAAAAGAAACCUUACGAAAGCUAUGUGUUUCUGUACGGGAUUACCAAAGGGAGUUGGUCUUUGAAAGACAACAGUGUAAAUUUCUAACAUUAAAACUGAAGGAAAAGCAAGAAGAAGUUGAAUACAUCAAAAAAGAGUAUGCUCACAAAAAAGGACCAAUUGUGCGCAGAACAAGUGACUUUCUAUACUAAUAGAUACAAUCGAAAGGAUAAGAUUAAAAGCAAAUUUUAUGUUUUUUGUUAUUCAAUUUAUUAAAAAGCAAAUUAAUGUAAUCAAUACCAGAAAUAGC